UUUGACGCCAUUGACAUGGCCUGGCCCUACUUCCUGGACUGUGACCGCUACUUCACCCCUGAGGAGGACGGUUGCUACGAUCCCCUGCAGGCGCUGCGGGGCAGUCUGGAGGCUGCAGAGCCGCCUCCGUCGGGGCCCCCGCCCACCUUCCUGCUCUUUGCACACCACCCCUACGAGCGCCUGGUGCGGGUGCUGCGGCAAACGGCCGCGCGCUGCGCCCACGUGGCCCGCACCUACAGCAUCGGCCGCAGCUUCCAGGGCAAAGAGCUGCUGGUCAUCGAGUUCUCGGGCCAGCCUGGCCACCACGAGCUGAUGGAACCUGAGGUGAAGCUCAUCGGCAACAUCCACGGCAAUGAGGUGGUGGGCCGGGAGCUGCUCAUCUACCUGGCCCAGUACCUGUGCUCGGAGUACCUGCUGGGCAAUGCCCGUGUCCAGCGCCUCAUCAACACCACCCGCAUCCACCUGCUGCCGUCCAUGAAUCCUGAUGGCUACGAGGUGGCAGCUGCCGAGGGCGCCGGCUACAACGGCUGGACCAGUGGGCGGCAGAACGCGCAGAACCUCGACCUGAACCGCAACUUCCCGGACCUCACGUCUGAGUACUACCGGCUGGCGGGCGCCCGCGGGGCCCGCACUGACCACAUCGCCAUCCCCCAGCACUACUGGUGGGGGAAGGUGGCCCCCGAGACAAAGGCCAUCAUGAAGUGGAUGCAGACCACCCCCUUCGUGCUCUCGGCCAGCCUCCACGGGGGGGACCUGGUGGUGUCCUACCCCUUCGACUUUUCCAAGCACCCCGAGGAGGAGAAGAUGUUCUCCCCGACGCCAGAUGAGAAGAUGUUCAAGCUGCUGUCCAGGGCCUACGCAGAGGCCCACCCUAUGAUGACGGACAGAUCAGAGAACCGGUGCGGGGGCAACUUCCUGAAGAGCGGGGGUGUCAUCAACGGUGCUGACUGGUACAGCUUCACAGGAGGCAUGUCGGACUUCAACUACCUGCACAGCAACUGCUUCGAGGUCAUAGUGGAGCUGGGCUGCGUGAAGUUCCCACCCGAGGCUGCGCUCUACCCGCUGUGGCUGCACAACAAGGAGGCGCUUCUGCACUUCCUGGAGUCGGUGCACCGCGGCAUCAAGGGCAUGGUGGUGGACAAGUUCGGCCGCCCCGUCCCCGACGCCCGCAUCCUGGUCAAGGGCAUCCGGCAUGGCAUCACCACAGCCCCUGACGGUGACUACUGGCGGCUGCUGCCUCCCGGCUCCCACCUGGUCAUUGCGCAGGCUCCAGGCUAUGCCAAGGUCAUCAAGAAGGUCACCAUCCCCGCGCGCAUGAAGCGAGCCGGCCGCGUGGAUUUCAUUCUGCAGCCUCUACAGGCAGGGCCCCAGAACUCCCUCCCCGGGCCUCAGAGAAGCAGGCUGGGGUCCCGAGACCCUCUCCCGGGCGCCAGUCCAGACAGGGACCCUCUAGACCCCCAGAGGGUAAGGGGGCAGGAGGAUGGGCACAAGCCAUGGUGGUGGUCCUACUUCGCAUCACUGAGCCGGCAGCAGCCACGUUGGCUGCUCAAGUACUAG